AAAAUGAGAGGGACCGAGUCCACUCUGUGGCCGCAUUGAUACCUGCUUUGAAACUUUUAUGCCUUACGAACUGUCGUGUCCCAGUCGCAGAUGAAGAUACCCAUACGCAUUCAGCAUGUUCCCACCCGUGUCCGCCACACGUGCUCUCCAGGUCAGCCCGGGGCGUCAGGCAGUACCCGUCCUCACAUGGCAGCCCCGACACAAGCGUCUACGGGAGUGUACCUGGCCUCUGGCUGGUGCACUGAGGGAUCCUGGCCCUGUCAAUGGCUGCUUUACCCAUAUGGUUCGCAUGGACCAAGGCGAGCCACGCUGCUUUUUCCCUUUCUACCUAACCCAACCUACUUACCGCGUGUUCCGGAAUGGCACGGCCGUUCUUUGUCCGGUUGGAGCGAUCAGGGCCGGCAGAGGAGACGCGACACCCGCCAGGACUUGAACCGUGCGGAUGCGGAUGCGGACGCGGACGUCGAUGCUGGCUGUAGGCAAGUCGAGUUGAAACACCUGUCCUGGGGUUGUUUCAGGUUUGUUAGUCGGGAUCACCUCGUGGACGGCUGCUCUACCUGGCCGCCGCUGCCAUGGCACCUAUCAUCAAACCGCCUAACGACAUACAUGCUACAUACAUGCACAUAUGUAAGCACCUACAUCACUACGUACCGACAGGGACCUGGAAAUACUUCUCGGGACAUCGGUGGCACGAUGUGGUCCCGGGGUCCUAGCGACCUACCGCCACAUGCCACCGCCGUAUGCACGGGGAGGCACAGGGGGGAUUUGCGGGCGAGGAGUGAAGAAAAAAAAAGAAAGGCGACGAAGGCGAUCAGAUCCCGGACCGGUGCAGUCUGUGCCUGAUGACAAGCAUCACCGCCAUUGGUUCGGGUCUCCCAACAGGAGGGGAAUCGCCCAAUGACCGCCAUUCCUUCCAACACCGAUA